CGAGGGGGGCGCAAUGGCGCCUCCUCAGCAGGCGCGGGUCCUUCGAUGCUGCUGCUGCAGGCUUUUCCAGGCUCACCAGGUGAAAAAGAGUCUCAAGUGGACAUGCAAAGCUUGUGGAAAGAAGCAGUCGUUUUUGCAGUGGACUGAGUAUUUGCAGCCCCCUCCUGACUGGUCACCUGUUUCAGCCAUACAGUCUCAGCAGCACAGCCGAACGGUCCGAUAUGUGCAGGAUCAUGUCAACCUUCCAGGUCUUAGUUGCAGCAUGCAGAAUCUUUUCGUUGAAGCAUGUGGGAUCCAGUUCCCCCACCAGGGAUAGAACUCAGGCCCCUGCAUUGGAAGCUUGGAGCCUUAGCCACUGGACCACUAGGAAAGUCCCUAUUUACUGUUUUUUUAAUUUACUAUAUAAUUUAUUCCUGUGUAAAGAAAAACUAACUGUUAGUUUUAGCCAACAUUUUAACAUGUUAAAAGCUAACAUUUAAAUAGUGUAACACCAUUUAGACUGUGCAACACUGGCUUUAAAUGCUAAGAACAUGUAGUACGUAUGUGGAACAUAUACAGAAUAAUAUAAUAGCAUUAGUACACAUGUAAAAUGAUCAAAAUUGCACACUUUUUAUUUUGUAGCUCAUAUAUGCCUACAUAUUUUAUUCUUAAGAGUGGAGAUGUUGCACAAAAUUAACUCAACUAUUUUUACUUCACUGCUUGACACCCACACAUCCUACCUACUCUCAGCCUUCUGCUCGCUGAUGCGACAGGGAGUACCAAGAAGAAAAGGAGCUGUGGGUUGUGCUUGUGUCCCUGUUUUCUGUGGUGUUUUCAGCACAGGCUGCUCCAGGGAGGUAAUAGGAGUAAGAAGAGAUACGGCUUACGGUGAGGGCUCUGGUGCUGACUGCAGACGCCAUGUCCAAAAAUUAAACCUGCUGCAGGGACAGAUUUCAGAGCUGUCAUUCAGGUCUCUGGGAGAAUCCGUAAGUGCCAAUGAGGAAGAAAACGUGGAUCCUUGGCAGGCUGCCCAUGCAAGUCCACAGGAAAAACUCCAGCCCUCAAAGAACCGCUGGCUGAAGUAUCUGGAAAGAGACUCCGAAGAACUGGGGCUGAAAGAAGGAGGAGUGUGUUUCAACAGACAGCCUUCAUCCGAGAGAGAAAAGCCAGACCCUCUGUCCAGCACAGGCCUGCCUCGGAAAAGGAAAUGGAACCAGAGCACAGUCCAGCCUCCAUGCGGCCCUGAUGUCCAGGACUCCAGAAACUGUGAGGUCACCUUGAAGUCCUUGAAGAAGGGCAACUUCAUGCCUUGGAGACAAGCGAGGUUGACCAGUAGGACUCUUCUGCAUCAGGACCAUCCUCUUCAUUCUACAUGGAGUGCCAGGUCUUCGCCAGACUAUUCAACUUGGGACCUGCCCUGGAUUUCUGAGGAACUGUCACCUUCAUUUACCCAGGACCGUGCUGGCCUGGCAGGGAAGGGCAGAGGGAGCAGUCGUGAGGACCGGGACACCGUGGAGCUUGUUCCCCAGGGGGAACCACCGUGCCCUGCCCAGCAGGUCAGGACUGUGUCUAAGUGGGAACAAUGUCUUAUGCCACGUGGAAACAGCUCACAUUUGGACACAGAGCCCCUUACCCCUCUCCAGAGAGGCCUCCGGCCAAUCCAGGCAGCACAGGCUGAGCAGGGGACCCCCAGGGCCCAGACUCCCAGGGAAGAAGGCCUCUGCAGGAUCCCCGGUGCACGCCAGUCUCCUCAGACCACACACACUCCCAUGCCUGGGCCCAAGAGGCUCUGUGGGAGGAUCCCUGAGCAGUCACAGGGUGCAGGCCCUUGGGCAGAGGGUGCGCCCUUGGUCAAAGGGGUGCAGGCACGUUCUUCACUCAUGCGUCUAUGUGACCUUUUUAAAACUGGAGAGGACUUCGAUGACGAUCUGUAAGUUGAAACUAGUAUGUUACUCUUGUAGACAUAUUUGUUACAUGAACCCUUCACUUCACUGUGACCUCUGCCACUGAAAACAGGGUUCCCCAAGUUGCUUUCAAAUAGUAGGACUAAGGAUGACUUAUGGGAACUACAAGAAGCGACAAUAAAUAUGACCAUCAAACAGA